CGUGCAGUGGACAGGAUCAGAAGUGUGUGUUAGAGUGUGUGUGAGUGAGCGAGUGAGUGAGUGAGUGUGAAGCGUGGCUCUUGCAGGAUCCAUGACAAAGUCUUCGGUCCCUGGACACCGAUUCACACUCAGCGCAUUUCAGAACCAAAGAGGAAUACACCUUCAACCCUAACACACCUCACACCCCCUUAUCCUCCCUCCACCUUCCCAACCACAUGGAGCCAUGUGAGCUCCUGCCUGCCUCACUGGGAAUUUGACUCGGAUUGCCUCCUGCAGAGACGUUCACAGCUCUGGAUCUGCCUCGGGGCGCAGAGAGAGGACAGGAGCCACUGCAUAGAUCUUCACCCAGGAAGGAAGUACUUGUCCCCAGGUGCUGUGGGCCAGGACCCCCCCGUGGGCUGGAGACCAGCGCUCCAGCACCAUGGAUUACCUGCUUGGGAUUGUAGUCCUGCUGGGCUUGGCGGCUCUGCCCGGGAGAGUGGCCCUGCAGAACCCCAAGAAGAAUGUUCCACGUCUGCGGCUCUCUUACAAGGAAAUGUUGGAUUCCAGUAAUUUGGUGACUUUCUCUGGAAUAACAAACAGUUCGGGUUAUGAUACAUUUCUAAUGGAUGAGGAGCGAGGGAGGCUACUAGUAGGAGCAGAGGACCAUAUCUUCUCUUUAGACCUCGUCAACAUUAACAGAGACCUCAAACAGAUUGCCUGGCCAGCCACACCUUCAAAACGAGACGAGUGCAAGUGGGCAGGAAAAGACCUCGGAAAAGAGUGCUCGAACUUUGUGCGGGUGCUGCAAUCUUACAACCAAACACACUUAUACGUGUGUGGCACGGGCGCGUUUCAUCCGAUAUGUGCCUAUUUGGAGAUAGGCAAAAGAGCAGAGGACAAUAUUUUUAGGCUAGAUAUGUCCCACUAUGAGAAUGGCAGAGGGAAAAGCCCCUAUGACCCGAAGAUGCUGUCAUCCUCUCUCCUGAUUGAUGGGGAAUUAUAUUCUGGAACUUCGGCAGACUUUAUGGGAAGAGACUUUGCCAUUUUCCGAACCCUCGGUGCUCAUCACCCGAUUCGGACAGAGCAACACGAUUCCAGAUGGCUGAAUGAUCCCAGGUUUGUCGGAAUUCACCUCAUCCCAGAGAGCGAUAACCCAGAAGAUGACAAAAUCUUCCUGUUCUUCAAAGAGAACGCGAUGGACGGAGAACACACAGGCAAAGCCACCAUUUCCAGAAUAGCACAACUGUGUAAGAACGACGAGGGAGGACACAGGAGUCUGGUGAACAAAUGGACAACGUUUCUAAAAGCCAAACUGACCUGUUCUGUCCCAGGGCUCAACGGCAUUGACACACACUUCGAUGAGCUCCAGGAUGUCUUUUUAAUGAGCGCCAAAGACCCGAAGAACCCGGUGGUCUAUGCGGUCUUCACUACUUCCAGUAACAUCUUUCGUGGGUCUGCGAUCUGUAUGUACAGCAUGGCUGAUAUCAGGAGGGUGUUUUUGGGCCCCUAUGCUCACAGAGAUGGUCCAAAUUACCAGUGGGUGCCCUUCCAGGGCAGGGUACCAUAUCCCCGUCCUGGCACAUGCCCCAGUAAAACUUUUGGUGGUUUUGACACCACCAAAGACCUUCCAGAUGAUGUUAUUACAUUUGCCCGUCUGCACCCUGCAAUGUAUAACCCAGUCCAACCAGUUGGGGGACGACCCAUUGUGGUCCGUACCGAUGCAGAGUACCAGUUCACCCAGCUAGUUGUGGACCGUGUGGAGGCUGAGGAUGGGCAGUAUGAUGUCAUGUUCAUAGGAACAGAUAUGGGGACAGUACUGAAGGUGGUGACCAUCCCCAGAGAGAGUUGGCACGACUUGGAAGAGGUGGUGCUGGAAGAGAUGACCGUCUUUAGGGAACCCACUGCUAUCACUGCUAUGGAACUGUCCACUAAACAACAACAGCUAUACCUGGGUUCAGCAAUGGGAAUAUCACAAAUGCCACUGCAUCGCUGUGAGGUGUAUGGCAAAGCGUGUGCUGAAUGCUGUUUAGCAAGAGAUCCAUACUGCGCCUGGGAUGGCACUGAGUGUUCCAGAUACUUCCCCACUGCUAAGAGGAGAACAAGGCGUCAAGACAUCAGAAAUGGAGAUCCUCUGUCCCAGUGCUCUGAUCUGCAACAUAAUGAUGACCUGGAGGGAUUUAGCAGUGUAGAAGAGAGGAACGUUUAUGGGGUGGAAAACAGCAGUAUGUUCCUUGAGUGCAGCUCUAAAUCUCAGAGAGCUCUCAUCUACUGGCAGCUCCAGAAACCCAAUGAGGAGCGAAAGCUUGAGAUUAAGUUGGAUGAGAGGGUGAGUCACACCGAGCGUGGUCUGUUGAUCCGCAGCCUAACACAAGCUGACACCGGAGUGUAUCAUUGUCAUGCUGUGGAGCAUGGCUUCAUCCAGCCGAUCCUGCGUCUCACAAUGCAGGUCAUCCCAUCUCAGCGUGUUGGAGAGCUGCUCCUGCGGACCAGUGCUGCAGAGCGUGACUCAUCUGUCAAACAAAAGAUUUGGUACCGAGACUUCCUUAGUCUGCUGGAGCACCCAGAACUCAACAGUGUGGAUGAGUUCUGUGAGCACGUCUGGAAAAAGGAACGCAAGCAACGUGGUAAGAAAGGUCCAAAAGCAGGCGCCGGGCUUGCUCAGGCACAGAAGAGCAGCCAGAAUCUCCAGAUUUCACCUCAGGUUCAAAAUGAUGGCCCAAAAGCAACAAAUGUGCCGAGUUUGCCGAAAAUGCAGAGAAGCCAAGUCCCACAAGGGACCACCAGCACGAACAACCAGAACCCCAAGCCGAGUCCAAGCACCACCUUGAAACUAACAAGUGCUCAGGCAAACCAGAAUCAGGGAAAGAGGAGCAACUCAGCAGCCCGAAGAACACCAGCCAGCACAGCCAAAUGGAAACAGCUCCAAGAGAAUAAGAGGGGGCGCAACCGGCGCACCCACGAGCAACAGAGACCACCACGCAGUGUGUGAGACAAGCAUACAAACACACAUACAUCAAACCCAUCCAUUCACACAUCCCAACAUCGAUUCAGCAGCAUUCAACAUGUGUAUGUUCCAAACGAAAGCACACAUUUCCAUUUGACUAUUUGGAGAAAUAUUUCACCGCCUUACCAGAGGAAACACAAUAACAGUGACAUAACAACGAAAAAAUGAAUCGGUUAUGUGUAUAGUUGUGGACUGGUACAGUUUCCUGUACAUAGAAAUGUUUCUAGAGUAUGUGAAUCCCCUAAGACUCUUUUCUUGAGAAAGUGGGAAAUGCCAUUUUCAAAACUGCUUCCUCUGCUGAAACAUCUGCUCCGGAGUGGUGAAAACGCUUCCAUGAAAACCAAGAUGAUUCAGGAAUCAAAACAGAAAGUAAAUAAUUAUUUACUCAAAUUCUUUAUGGAGGAUUGGACCUGUUACUAUUGUUCUGGAGCAGACAACGUGGGCCACCUUCCAGGCUCAAAGAUAAUAAAAAAAACCCUGCAAAAUUGGAGUGUCAUCACUCCGAUUCACAAUGAGAGUGUUAUAGAAAUAACAAUAGAGGACACUGUAUAGGAAAAUACCUGACUAUCCAUGCAUACAAGGCGUGGUUGGCCAAAACUUAGGCAUGUGUUGCUACCAGCCCGUCUGACCCUUGUAACCCUUUGACUUAAAUGUUAGUCUGAUUAUUUGUUGUAUAUUCAUAAUCAACCUGUCAGCCAAAUGGACUAAGAAAUCAAAAGUUGUGAAAACUAUUUGCCCUAAAGUACAGAAUUCAAGUAUGUUGUGCAUGAUGUUUAAUUGAAUAUCUUUUUUUCCCUGAAUUAAGUUUUAAAUUACAGGGGGUCAAUUUUGACAUUUUCAUUUAAUUGAAAAUAAAAAGAAAAUGUCUUGUGCCAACAGUUGCAUCAAGGGUGCUAUGUUUGGUUAUUGCCACAUCAUCAUUAAAAAAAAAAUGUUUUUUUAAUUUUUUAAGUUAUUUUUUAUGCCUCAUACGAUUGUGCUCUUGCAGUCUAUGUUGUAGCUUAGGCUGAAAGUGUAAAUAUAUACAGUCAGACAUCACAUGACUAUUUAUUGCUGAUUUUUAAAGGGUAACAGUUAUUUUUGAUAUUGUAAUGUUUUGAGCUCAAAUGUAAACAAAGGUGACUGAAAUAUGAUAAAGCACAUGGAUGGACCAAUAACCUUAGCCUUUUUUUUUUUUUGUUAUUUUUUUUUUUUUGUUAACUACUUUUAAGAACCCAAAAUCAAGCAAAAAAUUGUUUCUUUUUGUUUUAAAAUGCCUUUUUUUCUUUCUUUUACUGACCUCUAUGUCCCUUUUUACUCUUCACAUUUUCUCUGUAAUGCCCCCAAACGAACAUGUCUAUAUUUCUGUAGUUGUAUGAAUGACUCAAUCAUGAAAUUGCAAGAUAUUAUGGAUCUAUGAACAAAUUGUAAGAAUGCUGUUAGAUGUGAGACUCCUGUAGAAAUGUGUAGGCAUUUGACUGACAGCCACUGAGUACAAACCGCAUGUGCAUUCGAACCCUAGUGUAUCUCCUUUACUGUCAGUGUUUUGUGUGUGAAAACUUCCUUUCCAUUAAUAUAAAAGAUGUGAAUAUUUUUUGGUUCAUUUUAAUAAGAUGAUAAUAAUAAUAAUUAUAAUAAUAAUAAUAAUAAUAAUAAUAAUAAUAAUAAUAAUAAUAAUAAUAAUAAUAAUAAGCAGCCCCCUUUUGUGCAUUAUAAAAGCUGUAAUCUUUUGUACAAAUACUCUCCCAGAACUGUACAAUGUGUCAAUGCAAUACAGAGCGCUCCUAGUGUUUCUUGCUUCAGACGUGUUUUGUCUGGUGGGAAUGGAGAAUCUGAAGGGGACAGAAUUACUGUCUUAUAACUGUCACUGGGUGUUUCUGGCAUGUUUUUGGUCUAAAUAAAUAUUUCCUCUAUCAUUAUA